GUAGGUGGGGCUUGCGGUGGGCGCAUUCCAGGGGGCCCAGGAAACUUUGUCGUUAGGGGCCCUGCAAUUUCUAAUGGCGGUCCUGCUGAGUAGUGACCAUGUUGUACUUACCCUUAACUCAGGAGCUCUAAUGAGAAAGCAGGGAACUUUUAAGCCCCAGCCAAUUAAUAUAUGUUUUAAUAUAUGUUUUAAAGGCUGAAUGGCAGCUAAAGACAAUAUUUAACUACAAUCUGUACACGAAACACAGAAAGAAAUCGCCAUUAAUAAUUUUAUUUCUUGUUGAUGCUGAUGAUUUACAUCAGACUUGCCCUGAUACACGGUUGCACAUGACCGUAUAAUGCACAUGCCACAGCUCAGUCUUGUACAGUUAGUGACAGUUGGUCACAGCUCAGUCUUGUACAGUUAGUGACAGUUGGUCUCAGUACAUGGUUUGACUCAGACCAGCGUGCGUCUUACUGCGUUUGCAAAACAUCUGCUUGCGUUUUUUUUUCUUGUGGAAAGUGAAUUCCCUAAUUAUGGGAGAUAAAUUGCCUCCAGCGAUGGAGAAGAGUACUCCUCCAAUAAGGAGUGAGGAAAAGCAACAACUUUUUGCUGCUACUAAGGCAGAGAUGGAAAAGGAGAAAGGGGAUACCAUCACGGUGAAGAGAAAGAUGGACAUCAGCGCUGAAAAGGAAAGUGGGAGAAAAAGGAAGAAAAAGGUGAAACAUCUGUGCAGUGACAACAUCAAGGAGGAGGAUUAUACGGAAAAAGAAAAGAAGAAAGAAAAGAAGGAAAGAAAAAGACCCCGAAAUGAUGAGGACCCCAUCAAAACAGAGGAAGCAGGAGGUGAGCAGAAGAGGCCCCACCAAGAAGAAGAAGUUCCUCUCCCUGUUGCAGUCAGCAUGUGUCAGAUCCACGCAUUGCUUGGGAUUGGUUCCUUUGGCAAAGUGAUGUUGGCAUCUCUGCCCAACAACAGCCAGCACGUGGCCAUAAAGGUCAUAAAGAAGAGCGGCCAGGACCAACUUAGUGAAACCGUCACUGAGGCUCACGUGCUGAAGAUGGCUGCUGGAUGCCCAUUCCUUUGUCAAGGAUAUGGAUCCUUCCAUACUCAGCGGCAUUCUGUAAUGGUCAUGGAGUACAUCAGCGGAGGGACCUUGGACCAAAAGAUCCUGGAUUCAGGACUUCUGAAGAUGAACUCAGUAAGAUUCUACGCAGCGGAGAUGGUUUGCGCCCUUCAGUAUCUCCACUCAAAUGGGAUUAUCCAUCGAGAUUUCAAAGCAAAUAAUGUCCUAGUGACCAACAAAGGACAUAUUAAGAUUCUCGACUUUGGAAUGGCGGUUGAGGGCAUCUUUGGAGAUAAAAAAGCCAGAGGAGUACUAGGAACAUUGCCCUACCUGGCCCCUGAGGUAAUCAAAGAUGAGGAGUAUGAUGCAGGAAUAGACUGGUGGAGCCUUGGAAUCACCAUAUAUAAGAUGGCCACCGGAUCUCAUCCAUUCAGCUUUGAAAAUGACUUGUCAAACUUCACCAACGACAUUCUCUAUGAGGAGCCCUACAUUCCAAAACGGCUCAACAAAAAACUGCAAGAUCUCCUGCGACAGCUUCUGACGAAAGAUCCUAAGAAGCGACUUGGCCGCAAUGGGAACAUCCGGGAGCACCCAUUUUUCCAUUCCAUCGAUUGGGUGAACCUAGAAAAGCUGAAUGUACCACCCCCUUCCAAACCAAAAACAGUGCCAUCGGUGGAUUUCGGCAAGACAAUUGAAGAGCCACUGUCGUUCUUGGAGUCUAUAAAAUACAAGAUGUCUUCAGAAUACCUCACGCCGUCAUCCCAGUUGGAGCACCCAAGCCAUUGUUGGACAUCCAGCAAUCUCUGCCAUUCUCAACCAAUGGCCAUCAACUCUCCAUACCAUCCGUCUCCAUUUGGUCCUUUUGGCUUCUCCGUCCAGCCUUACACUGCAUAUUGGCCUCAUCACGGCUUCUACCAACAGCCUUUUCCAUCAGUUCCUUAUAAUCUCCAUCCUUUCCUUGGUCCUGUUAUUAGACCUCCGCCAGGUCCAGUCAUAGUCCCAAUUUCUCAUAACCUGCCUCUUGAUGUCAUCAACACCCCUUGGCCCCCUCCGCCAGUUUCAGUCUUAGUCCCAGUUUAUCAUAACCUGCCUCUUGAUGUCAUCAACACCCCUUGGCCUUUUCUAUCACAACUGCAGUAACCGUCGUCCUUUGGCUCUAUCAUUGGCCCUUAACAUCUUGAGUCUCUGGCCUUUGUCACUUUUCCCUAACGCUUAUUUUUGACCCUUCGUUGUUACUAACACUUGUUCUUUCCAUCUGCCUCUAGCCUUUUCCAAUGGCUACUGUCUAUGGCCCAUUACAUCGGCCUUUUCCAUCACUCACUGUUUCUGCAGUGGCCCAUUCAACCGCCUUUACUUCUAGCCCUUACCACCUGGUACAGUCUCUGGCCCUCACCAUCAGCCCCAACAUUGGCCCAUUCCAUUGGCCUUUAUCUCUAGCCCAUAACAUCGGCUACUGUCUCUAGCCCACUCCAACGGCCCAA